AUGACCUUUAGUCGUAAUAUAGACCUUAAAGUUCAUCAGAGAAUACAUACAGGUGAGAAACCCUAUCAAUGUGAAGAGUGUGGGAAGACCUUUGGUCGUGCUUCCUACCUGACUCAACAUGGAAAAAUUCACACUGGUGAGAAAUCCUAUGUGUGUCAUGAAUGUGGAAAGGCCUUUAGUAAAGGUGGAAAACUUAAAAUUCAUCAGAGAAUUCAUACUGGUGAGAAGCCCUAUGAAUGUAAGGCAUGUGGGAAGACCUUUAGUCAAGCUUCUCACCUUGUGCAACAUGACAGAAUUCAUACUGGUGAAAAACCCUAUGAAUGUCGUGAAUGUGGGAUGACCUUUAGUCGAAGUAUAGAUCUUAGAGUACAUCACAGAAUUCACACUGGUGAGAAACCCUGUAAAUGUAAAGAAUGUGGGAAGGCCUUUAGUUGUGCCUCAAAUCUUGUUCAACACGAGACAAUUCAUACAGGCAAGAAGCCCUAUGAAUGUGAAAAAUGUGGGAUGACAUUUAGUCGUAUCUAUCAACUCAUUCCACAUCAGAGAAUGCACACUGGUGUGAAACCCUAUGAAUGUAAUGAAUGUGGGAAGGCCUUCACUCGUGCCUCAGCACUUAUUCAACAUGAGAGAAUGCAUACUGGUGAGAAACCCUAUAAAUGUCAAGAAUGUGGGAAGGCCUUUAUUCAUGGUGGUAGCCUUAGGACACAUCAAAAAAUUCAUACUGGUGAAAAACCCUACGUCUGUAAAGAAUGUGGGAAGGCCUUUGGUCGUACCUCAGACCUUGUUAGACAUGAGAGAAUUCAUACUGGUGAGAAACCAUAUAAAUGUAAGGACUGUUGUAAGGCCUUUAGUCAUAUUGAAAGCCUUAGAAUGCAUCAUAAACUUCAUACUGGUGAGAAACCCUAUGAAUGUAAAGAGUGUGGAAAAGCUUUUAAGAGUGGCCAUCAACUUACUGUACAUCAGAGAAUUCAUACUGGUGAAAAACCCUAUGAAUGUAAGGAAUGUGGGAAGGCCUUUACUGUCUGUGGACGACUUACUCGACAUCAGAGUAUUCACAGUGAUAAGAAGCCUUUUGAAUGUAAUAAAUGUGGGAAAUCCUUUAGAUUUAGGUCAAGUCUUAAAGUACAUCAAAGAAUUCAUAACUAGAAAAAAACUUUAUGGAUGAAAGUUCUAUAGAAAUGCACAUAUAUGCAGUGGGCAGUGUGUAGUGUAUCAGUGUAUUCAUAACAAACAAUUUGAAAAGAAUGUGGCACAGGCCUGUAAUCCCAGGAGCUUGGGAGGCUGAGGCAGGA